AUGACACCAGAGGCCCAGAAGAUUAACAAUGGCUCGAGCCAGGCAGAUGGCACCCUCAAGCCAGUGGACGAAAAAGAGGAGGCAGUGGCAGCCGAGGUCGGCUGGAUGACUUCUGUGAAGGACUGGGCGGGGGUGAUGAUAUCUGCCCAGACACUGACCGGCAGAGUCCUGGUUGUGUUAGUCUUUGCUCUCAGCAUUGGUGCACUUGUAAUAUACUUCAUAGAUUCGUCAAACCCAAUAGAAUCCUGCCAGAAUUUCUACAAAGAUUUCACAUUACAGAUCGACAUGGCUUUCAACGUGUUCUUCCUCCUCUACUUUGGCUUGAGGUUUAUUGCAGCCAACGAUAAGCUGUGGUUCUGGCUGGAAGUGAACUCUGUGGUAGAUUUCUUCACGGUCCCCCCAGUGUUUGUGUCUGUGUACUUAAACAGAAGUUGGCUUGGUUUGAGAUUUUUAAGAGCUCUCAGACUGAUACAGUUUUCAGAAAUUUUGCAGUUUCUGAAUAUCCUUAAAACAAGUAAUUCCAUCAAGCUGGUGAAUCUGCUCUCCAUAUUUAUCAGCACAUGGCUAACAGCAGCUGGGUUCAUCCAUUUGGUGGAGAAUUCAGGGGACCCAUGGGAAAAUUUCCAAAACAACCAGGCUCUUACAUACUGGGAAUGCGUCUAUUUACUCAUGGUCACAAUGUCCACUGUUGGCUAUGGGGAUGUUUACGCAAAAACCACGCUCGGGCGCCUCUUCAUGGUCUUCUUCAUCCUCGGGGGACUGGCCAUGUUUGCCAGCUACGUCCCUGAAAUCAUAGAAUUAAUAGGAAACCGCAAGAAAUACGGGGGCUCCUAUAGUGCGGUUAGUGGAAGAAAGCACAUUGUGGUCUGUGGACACAUCACUCUGGAGAGUGUUUCCAACUUCCUGAAGGACUUCCUGCACAAGGACCGGGACGAUGUCAACGUGGAGAUUGUCUUUCUUCACAACAUUUCCCCUAACUUGGAGCUAGAAGCUCUGUUCAAACGACAUUUUACUCAGGUGGAAUUUUAUCAGGGUUCAGUCCUCAAUCCACAUGAUCUUGCAAGAGUCAAGAUAGAGUCAGCAGAUGCGUGCCUAAUCCUUGCCAAUAAGUACUGCGCUGACCCUGAUGCUGAAGACGCCUCCAACAUCAUGAGAGUAAUCUCCAUAAAGAACUACCAUCCGAAGAUAAGAAUCAUCACUCAGAUGCUGCAGUAUCACAACAAGGCCCAUCUGCUAAACAUCCCAAGCUGGAACUGGAAAGAGGGGGAUGAUGCAAUCUGCCUUGCAGAGCUGAAGCUGGGGUUCAUAGCCCAGAGCUGCCUGGCUCAAGGCCUCUCCACCAUGCUCGCCAACCUCUUCUCCAUGAGGUCAUUCAUAAAGAUUGAGGAAGACACGUGGCAAAAAUACUACUUGGAAGGAGUCUCAAAUGAAAUGUACACAGAAUAUCUCUCCAGUGCCUUUGUGGGUCUGUCCUUCCCUACUGUUUGUGAGCUGUGUUUUGUGAAGCUCAAGCUCCUAAUGAUAGCCAUUGAGUACAAGUCCGCCAACCGAGAGAGCCGAAGCCGAAAGCGUAUAUUAAUUAAUCCUGGAAACCAUCUUAAGAUCCAAGAAGGUACUUUAGGAUUUUUCAUUGCAAGUGAUGCCAAAGAAGUUAAAAGGGCAUUUUUUUACUGUAAGGCCUGUCAUGAUGACAUCACAGAUCCCAAAAGAAUAAAAAAAUGUGGCUGCAAACGGCUGAUAUAUUUUGAAGAUGAGCCACCAUCAACACUGUCCCCCAAAAAAAAGCAGCGGAACGGAGGCAUGCGGAACUCGCCAAGCACCUCACCCAAGCUGAUGAGGCAUGACCCCUUGUUAAUUCCUGGCAAUGAUCAGAUUGACAACAUGGACUCUAACGUGAAGAAGUAUGACUCUACUGGCAUGUUUCACUGGUGCGCACCCAAGGAGAUAGAGAAAGUCAUCCUGACUCGAAGUGAAGCCGCCAUGACCGUCCUGAGCGGCCACGUCGUGGUCUGCAUCUUUGGUGAUGUCAGCUCAGCCCUGAUUGGCCUCCGGAACCUGGUGAUGCCACUCCGUGCCAGCAACUUUCAUUACCACGAGCUCAAGCACAUCGUGUUUGUGGGCUCCAUUGAGUACCUCAAGCGGGAAUGGGAGACGCUUCAUAACUUUCCCAAAGUGUCCAUAUUGCCUGGUACGCCAUUAAGUCGGGCUGAUUUAAGGGCCGUCAACAUCAACCUCUGUGACAUGUGCGUUAUCCUGUCAGCCAAUCAGAAUAAUAUUGAUGAUACUUCGCUGCAGGACAAGGAAUGCAUCUUGGCGUCACUCAACAUCAAAUCUAUGCAGUUUGAUGACAGCAUUGGGGUCUUGCAGGCUAAUUCCCAAGGGUUCACACCUCCAGGAAUGGACAGAUCCUCCCCAGAUAACAGCCCAGUGCACGGGAUGUUACGCCAGCCAUCCAUCACGACUGGGGUCAACAUCCCCAUCAUCACUGAACUAGCUAAACCUGGCAAGUUGCCUUUGGUAUCAGUCAAUCAGGAAAAAAACAGUGGGACGCACAUUCUAAUGAUAACCGAACUGGUGAACGAUACUAAUGUUCAGUUUUUGGACCAAGACGACGAUGACGAUCCUGACACAGAACUGUACCUCACGCAGCCGUUUGCAUGCGGGACGGCAUUUGCAGUCAGUGUCCUGGACUCGCUCAUGAGUGCGACAUACUUCAAUGACAAUAUCCUUACACUCAUCCGGACCCUGGUGACUGGAGGAGCCACGCCGGAGCUCGAGGCUCUGAUUGCCGAGGAGAAUGCACUUCGAGGAGGCUAUAGCACCCCCCAGACGCUGGCCAACAGGGACCGUUGCCGUGUGGCCCAGUUAGCGCUGCUGGAUGGGCCCUUUGCGGACCUGGGGGAUGGCGGUUGUUAUGGUGAUCUGUUCUGCAAAGCUCUGAAAACAUAUAAUAUGCUUUGUUUUGGAAUUUACCGGCUGAGAGACGCUCACCUCAGCACCCCCAGCCAAUGCACGAAGAGGUACGUCAUCACCAACCCCCCGUACGAGUUUGAGCUCGUGCCGACAGACCUGAUCUUCUGCUUGAUGCAGUUUGACCACAACGCCGGCCAGUCCCGGGCCAGCCUCUCCCAUUCCUCCCACUCAUCCCAGUCAUCCAGCAAGAAGAGCUCCUCCGUGCACUCCAUCCCGUCCACCGCAAACCGACCCAACCGACCCAAGUCCCGGGAGUCCCGAGACAAACAGAACAGAAAAGAAACGGUUUACAGAUGAACCGGAUAAUGCCUAUCCCAGAAACAUUCACAUCAAGCCCAUGAGUACCCACAUGGCUAACCAGAUCAACCGAUAUAAAUCCACAAGCAGCUUGAUCCCACCAAUCAGAGAAGUUGAAGAUGAAUGUUGACUUCCAGGAGACCAGAACUCUUUUUUUAAAGCCUGACAAACUUCAUAAAUGGUGAUGUGACUUUUCUUCCUCUUACAUGCUGAAUCACUGGUGGAAACGUUUAGGAUAAGCGAGAAUUGCAAGAAAAAAUAAAGUAGACAGAUCUUUCUCUUUGUCUGCCUUGAAUAUUGCUUCCAUGUAUUUUGGAAAAGAAAAUGAUUUCAUUUAUAAAUGAACAUACUAAAAUAGUCAUGUAUAGCCUCUAGCAUUUUAAAUUAUUUUUAUUUAUUAGAAAGAAAAUAUAUUUUUUCUUUUUCUUUUUAUUUCAUUGUCAAAUAUCUUCCCUGUAUCUAAACAAUGCAAAAUCAAAAUAAGUAAGUGGCCAGACUCCUUAAUACAUAUUUCUCUUCCUUCUCUCUUUUUCUUUGAGGAGAAUGAAGGUCACCACCACAAUUGAUCGCAAUGAAGGGAAAUGGAUUGCUAAAACAAUUUAAAAACGGUCCAAUGAUGUAAACAUGUACUUUAGUAAAUUCAUAGAAGAAGACAAAAGGGGGCAGGUGAAUUUCCUGGAUGGGUGUGUAUUUUAGCUGCACUGACACCAGCUCUUAAUAAAUGGAAACUUAUUUAUUUUCACA